AUGGAUAGGAGGUUUGUAAAAGAUGAAUUGAGCCGCAGAGUCCGGUCCCGGGGAGUCGGCGCGUCGCACGGUGGAGCAGCUCCCCGUGUCCGGGGCCGACCAGGUACAUCCGCCGUUUCUCAUGAGUUCCAGAAAGCCCCAGAGUGGAUUUUAGUUUUAAGUUUCUAUCAUCCGGGGAAUGAGCGGUUGCUGCUCUGGCUGUUUACUUUCCACCGAAAACACAUAAACACCUCUUAUGCUAUUCAUGCAAUAUUAGUUUAUAGUCAAAAUGUAGAAGAACUUCUGAGGCGCAAAAAAGUCCACCGAGAAAUCAUAUUUAGGUAUUUGGCAGCAGAAGGGGUGGUUGUACCUCCAACUACUGAAAAACACAAUCUUAUUCAGUAUGCAAAAGAUUACUGGGAAAAACAGUCACCGAAACUGAAGGAGACAGCAGAACCAGUUACAAAGACAGAGGAUAUCCAGCUCUUUCAACAGCAGGCAAAAGAAGACAAAAAAUCUGAAAAGAUUGAUUUUCGUCGCUUAGGAGAAGAAUUCUGUCACUGGUUCUUUGAACUUCUUAAUUCUCAGAAUCCGUUUAUGGGACCACCUCAGGACGAUUGGGGCCCGCAGCACUUCUGGCAUGAUGUCAAGCUUAGGUUUUAUUAUAGCACCUCAGAACAAAACGUGAUAGACUACCAUGGAGCAGAAAUCGUGAGCCUUCGUUUACUGUCUUUAGUGAAAGAAGAAUUCCUUUUUCUAAGUCCCAACCUCGAUUCUCAAGGACUAAAAUGUGCUUCUUCUCCUCAUGGAUUAGUUAAGGUCGGAGUUGCAGGGACUGUCCACAGAGGAAAUACUUGUUUGGGCAUAUUCGAGCAAAUUUUUGGACUUAUCCGUAGCCCUUUUGUGGAAAAUACUUGGAAAAUCAAAUUUAUCAACCUGAGAAUUAUUGGAGGAGGUUCCCUUGCUCCCGGAACAUCACUGAAACCAACUGUUACAUUUGAGCAGAGUGAUCUGGAGGCCUUUUAUAAUGCAGUCACCUUGUGUAAUAGCACUGAAGGAAGACCUAAUGUAAAGCAGACAUUGGACAGUGGAACUGGAGACCAGGUUUUAGGUAGUGGAGAUGAGGCCUUGUUGAACAAAAGGGAACUGAAUUUGCCUAACCCUCUGAAGCACUGAGCACUAUGCAUCAGCUGGAAGUCGCUGCAGAAACCCUUCCCAGCACAACACUGAUCGUUUCUAAGUGAUUGCCGAUGUGAGGACUGACAUAUUUUAGCUGAAAUACCUUUUUGGACUCCAGACUAAUGUGAAUAUUUGCUAUUUCUACCCGAGUUACAGCAAAUGUUCUGAGAACUUAUCGCGGUCCAUCAAAUAAAUCCUACUUGAGAUGUA